CAUUAGCAUUCUCAUUUCACUGGGAUCAGCAGAACAUUAGGCGUCGAAUUAUGUUAUGUAUUGUACGGACUUUGAGCUUGGUACUGAGUUGUGACGAACGUUCAAUAUAUGGCUUCUAGAUUAAGAAUUUUUGAAAACUAAUCUCCAGGAAUGCCAACAUGACAAAAAUGGCGGCAGUAUAUACAUCGUUCGUUUUGAUCAUGCUGCUGAUGGUUUCAUCGUGUCUCUGCUACUGUCCUCUUGAAAAGUCAUAUAAUACUGGCAACUGUAGUUAUCGAUUUCACUGCAUAAGGGUUAUCCAAGAUAUUGGUCUACCUGAACACUGCCAAGGCUCCACCAACUAUCAUGUUAAAGUCAAUGUCUACCUCUCUGAUGCUAUUGACAGGUUCGAUAAAAGCAUGAAUCCAAAGUUCCUGUACUCCAUUACAAGUCUUAGAGCAUCCGGAGUAUGGCCUCAGACCAAUCUCUCUCUUAUUCAGUAUAUGCCACAGCUUCAGACACUUAAUAUUUCUGGCAAUCAAAUAGAAAAAAUUACAGAGAACGCGUUCUAUACACUUACACAAUUAGAAUAUUUGGAUUUAUCUCACAACCGUUUAUCUGACGUCGAAGGUCUUUUUGAAUUUGAAAUGUUACCGAACAGAAUGAGACAUCUUAAUCUAGCACACAACGAAAUACAACAAAUACCUUCCAGUGCGUUCGAAAACCUCACAUCAUUGAUAGAAUUAGACCUUUCUUACAAUUUGAUAUCGUACUUAGACGAAAACUCUUUUGACAAUUUGACCAAUUUAGAAACACUGCGUCUAAAUAAUAACAAUAUUAAAAAUCAAAUUGGUGCUUUAAAUGCUUUGGGUAAUUUAACAAAUUUGUAUUUGAGCAAAAAUGAGAUACAAAUUAUAGAUGACGAUUCCUUGGAACUCUUAAAGCAUUUAGUAAUUUUGGAUGUUUCGUGGAAUCAACUAGACGUUUUGACACCUGAAUUGUUUUUGAGACAUUGGCAGCAUUUUGAAGGGCGCGCCGUUUGCAAAAUCUUACUUUCUGAAAAUCAUUUGACAUUUUUGCCUAAUGCUACCUCUGUAGAGUUAAUGUCUCGGUUCACUCGACACGACCAUCAUAAAAAGAGAGUUGAUGUACUGACUAAAUUAGAUUUGUCCAAGAAUUCUAUAACAACUAUUGAGUAUAACGCUUUCAGAUAUUUAGUACGUUUGACAUCGCUUGAUUUGUCUCAGAAUAAAUUAACAAAUUUUCGAGUUAACGCUGACGAUUUAGUUUAUAUUGAAUAUUUAAAUUUGAGCAAAAAUUAUAUAACUCAAUUAAAUUUGGAAUGUUUUUUGUCUAUGAAUAGACUGCAGAAUUUGGAUUUGUCGAAUAACUACAUUGAUGGUAUACCAGACCUCCUUUUUAUUAAUAAUUAUCAACUGAAGCGCAUUGAUAUGAAAUUUAAUGAUUUGAAAGUAUUGGAAAAUUUGCACAUAAAGAUAUUUCAUCCUGAUGAAGGCAUUUUGGAUUUAUCUAACAAUGCUAUUUACAAAAUGAAUAUUCCAUCAGGUGAAGGUAUGCGUUUAAAAAAGUUGAUGUUACAAUCUAAUAACAUAUCGGAUCCUACGAAUAUCGAUUUAAAACACCAAAUUGAUCUCGAGCAUAUUGAUAUGAGCAAUAAUUACAUACAAUAUUUAAAUUCAUCUUCAUUGUGCUUGCCAACUAACAUCACCCAUCUGGAUCUAAGUUACAAUGAUAUUAGUAAAAUAGCUCCCGCAACUUUCCAUAAAUUUAGACAGUUGAAGACUUUACGGUUGUCUCAUAAUGAUUUGACUGGAAUUGAAUACGGAAUAUUUCAAGGUAUGACGAGUCUCGUAUAUUUAAAUUUAUCUAAUAAUGACAUAUCCUAUUUAGAUUCUAAAGUUUUUAUAGAUCUGAGAUCCCUUUAUAUUCUGUCCAUCGAGCAUAAUAGCAUGAUAUUCUUGGAUUACAAAGGCUGGGUUGCUCACAAGCACGAAUUAAAAGUUUACAUCGAUGGUAACAAUUUUACUUGUGAUUGGUUAGGAACAGCUUUGAGUGAUUAUAAUAAUAAUUUCUCCAAAAUGAGACCUUACGCACUUAAUGGUGGAACGGGAAAACAUUCAUUGCAAGGUAUACCAUGCGUGCAGAAAGAGAUAGGAGAGUUGGUGCAGAUAGAUUCGAAAUCUGGUACAUUGACGGAUUCUGAUCGUUUAUUGGCAGUAAAUUUAAAAAUUUUGGAAGCUAUCAAGAACCAAACCUACGUAUUGAGAAAAUUUAUGUGGCAUUCUUUAUAUGCAGAAUCGAAGAAUAUUUGAGUUUUUUAAAUGCAUGAUUAAUUUGUCUUGUUUCAUUAAAAUUAUUACAAUAGUUAUUAAUAAUCUUUGUUUAUGUGAAGCUUGAUUGCUGAAUUCUUUUAUUUUGUGAAGGGAAUUUAAAAAAAAGAAUAUCAUUUAAGGUGUUCUAUUUAAAAAAAAAGAUCUUAAAAAUGUUUAUUUUGUGAUUUACAUACUGCCAUUAAUUAUUUUAUUUUUAUUAAGUUUAAUAACAGUUAUUUUAACUGGUAGAUAAUAAGUACUAUAUUCCUUAUGUAGAUUUAAUUAUAAUUAUAUAUUGUCGUAUUUACGUUUUCCAUUGCAUAGUAUUUUAACAGACAUAUUUACAUAAUCAAGUGUAGUUUUUAAUAAUUUAAUAAUACAACUGUUAUAAACAGUAUGUUAAUUAACCAAAUCCAUUCCAUAAAAUUAAUGUUAGUAUUCAUUAUAGAGUCUAGGACUUUUUCCCUGGAUAAACUUUGUAUUUCCAAAAAAUCUAGAAAAAAUAAAUAUUUUUUAAAAAGAAAAGAACAAUGUGUAUCUAUGCUAACAGAAUUACAUAAUAAUAGGUACAUAUCUUGUACGUGUAGUGCCAUUGGUAUAGAUACAAUUUUUUUAUUGAGAAUUUUAAUUAAUUGUCUACUUUUUUUAAGAUUUUAUCUAGAAUAAAAAUAUGAGUUUUUAUUAAUAAAUACUAACAUUAAUUUUAAGAAAUGCAUCAUGUUAAUUAACAUAUUGUAUAAUACUAUAAUAGCAGUUUUGUUAACAUUAUUACUUGUAAUUAUGAUUAUAAUUAAUUGUAUUUGUUGAAUUGUCGUUUCCCAUUGUAUACUACAUAUACUACACUGAAAUUAAACAAGUAUAAUUAAAAAUUCAUUAAUAAUUCAAUAUUUUGGUUAAUGCUAUAAUUAUCGAUUUUGAGAAAUGGUGCCUCAGAACCGAUUACACUAUUUAAUUUUGAGACAAAAUGUAAUUGAAUAAGAUAAAAAAAGAAUAUAAAAAUUUUGUCUAAAGCAUGUAAAAAGUGUUUAAUGUUUAAAAUUUAAAUGCCUCAUUCAUGAGGAUGUCAGGCAAAAAAUAUUUACAACGCCUGUCUUGUUUUUGUUCGUUGUUGUACAUUUUGUCUCAAAGAUGAGUAAAUGAGGUUAAUUUACUUUAUUUGUAUUUGUAUUGUUUUCUCAUUGUGAUUUGUCAUUCUUAUGAAAUAUUUGGAAAAAUAUGAACGUUAGAUUUAGCUAUAACUUCAGUAAUAUAUAAACUGUCUAAUA